GUGUCCGUCUCUUGACAUGCUCUUCCACCUUCACUUGUUCAUGGGCUGAGUUCUGGUGCAGAGAGAAACCAGCCUUUGCGACGUCUAGGCCGUGUAUACCAGAGUACACUGACCUCGCCCCCUAUUACCCCCUGGCCCUCUCUGCCACCCUGUUAGUGAUGCAAAAGGUCCAAACCCGCAACCUGCGAUCGAAAAUGUCAGUACGCCCAUUACAAGUCUCAUCCGGAUAUCACUCGGUGGACAAUGGCGGCGGUCAACGCCGUAAGCGCCGUCGUGUAGUAAAUAGCUCAUCUAGUAGCUAUCAUCAACUCGAUCCCUAUGCAGAAACGGCCAGCUCCCAUUCUCACGAUUCAUCGUUGCUUACCCAGAGCCCCGGGGAGCGUAUGGAGAAUGCUGACCUUUGCUCCCAGCGAUCUCUGUUUGCAAACCACCGCGAGUUCCCGCCUUCAUUGCCAGUCAUCUGUGUAGCAGAGCAACCUGCCAUCGUCUCUUUAUUGCGUAGCGCGGUUUACCAGCGGUUUGUUUGGGGGGUUAGCGAACCUAUCAAGGGAAUCACAUUUUCCCCGACUUCGCCCAUGGUCCAGCUUCUCCUAGCCUGGCCUGACAUGGAGAGAUCUAUGGACGCCAUUGGUCGUAAUUGCAAGCAACCCGUCUCAACGCCUCGGUCCAACCCUAGGCUGGUUCGAUCUUCGGACUUAUUCGACAGCCCUGGUACUUGAGAAGUACCUUUCAGAGGUCCUCGAACGCUCAACGCGCUUCCGUCCCGUGACAAGUACCCGUGCUUUAAGUGGUGGAUUGCUGGAAUGGCGCUUUGAUUUCGUCAAAAAUCAGACGCCUGAAGAUUUGCCACAGUGCAAAACAGCGUCCAUACAGGCAUGGUCAGAGGGUAUCAUUGCCGAUAAAAUCCCUGCAGAAGGCCGAACAAAGCCAUGCAAAAGUGAACUCGAUAGGGGCUUGCGCAGGGGGAUCGGAAGAUAUACGCAUUGGCACCUUAUAUCGGGCGUUGUCAAUAUGAAAAAGCCCUCAGAAGCCAUGAUUAAUUGGCUUUGGGAUCGCACAACCGCGUUACAUUCACUCAUUCCAUUGACUGAUAUGAGUGCCCCUCCUCCUGCUUAUAUAUCCCUCAUCUACUUCGCAUGGCAUACAGAUUGGGACGGUUCGGACCCUCUUCCAACAGUGCAAAACCCCUACCGUCGCCUUAGACGCGAACUGUUACUCGCUAAGGAUAGUUACUGCCAUGCGCACGAGACUCACCAACCGAUCGGACCUGUAGCCACGGAGCUACGCACUGAUCUCGAAUUUAUAUUGGCAGCAUGCGCCCAGGCGAGAUGUCAAAGUGAAGAUGCAGCUAACAAGGGCACGCAUAUAACUUGCGAUUUUGUUUGGGAUACUUUGAUAGCAAAAUUAUUGCACGAUCAAACAUUUCAAGUACGCCAUGCAGCCGUAAUUGCACUCCCUCGGAGUACAACGGCAGAUCGUUACGAGGAGCCUAAGUGGCACUACUGUGCUAGGUACACAGUUGGACAACACAAGAUUUAUGUGGGCAAAUUCCGUGACGCAGCAGAGUUGGUUCCGUAUGCCCGGUCACCUCUAGCGACACAAGCCCUCGACGCAUCCGCGACGCUCACUCGGUCCCCAGGACCUGGUCCUCGUGAUCACGUACACGAAGCCAUCCUGGAUCGCGCAUCGAGGGAUCCUGUAGAAGCAAUUUGCGAUGCCGUGGCGACAGUCUCCCUGCCUGGAUUCGUGGAUAGUACCGCUUCACCUGCUCUUCGACACGCCGCGCGCUCCUUUGGUCUAAUGCCCGCCAGCCUUCUGGCUCCAGCAACUGCCAUCGCCCGAGGAGAAACACCCUUUUAUCACGGAAUAUGCGAUCUUCCUUCAACUCAUGAGCGCCUCGCGUCCGCGUAUGAUCUGUUUUGUGCCAACAUCCCUUCUGCAGGACUUGUCGCGGAGACAGAUGGCUUUUUAAACCUGGAUAUGUCAUCUUUUUCUUCGGUCCCCGACAGCGCUCUGGAGAAGAAACAAGUCCCUUGUCUAGCGUGUGUACCUCCUUCCGCCCAGUCUCUGAAUUCCACCGUCGAUUGUGAUGCUGCUGCUCCCUACUGCACACCCGUUUCAGAAGACCCUCUUGCUCUCGAUCUUCCGCUCCUGUUCGUCAAUCACACACCUCCUGAAAAGGUCCUUUCGUAUGUUGGAUGCCACAAGCAUCGCUUGUCCGCAACUACCGGAGCAGCGUUUCUUGGCGCUGCUGGACUCGAUAGGGUGCCUGUUUUCAGCCUGGUGACGGACGGUUGUCGCGGGGUGAUUACGUGUGCUUGGUCUGAGGCUUUUGGUGGGUUCCAGCGAAUAAAAAUUGCAGAACGCAAUGGCGUACUCUUUGAUCUCAGAAAUCCACUAUCCGCGUUCCACUUUGCAACGUUCCUCGUGCGGCUCAAGCACGAGCAUGGUAGAAUGCUGAGAGAAAGAAUGGAUGAGCAAGCUCUGGCUCGUCUACGUGAGCGGCUAGAGAAAGGCGAAUGGGAAACGCGUUGGACCAUGUCGCAUUACAUUGAGGAACAGGAGAAAACCUCCGAAGGAGAUUUGGAAGAUGUUGUAUCAGAGUAG